UCUUCUUGGUUCUCCCCACCUCCCCGCGGCGGCGCCAACCCAAUCUCCAGCCAUGUCCCCCAUCCCCAUCGUGCUAAGCUGCAACGUGCCCACGGUCGACGACUUCCACUGGGGCUACUCCCUGAGCUUAUCGGAAUCGGAACCACCGCUUCCGCCGCCGCGCCCCCUGAGCAUUGUAAGCAGGCGGGCGUUCGGGGUGUACCCAUCGGACGAGGCCGACGAGGUGGUGAAGGACCUGCACUUCGAGACGCAUCUAGUAGAUGCCCCAGGUUUGUCCCACCUGACGGUCCGAGGAAAAGGAGCAAGUUUUAUGGACAUGAUUGCUGUCGACGACAACCUGGUCGUUCUCGCUUCGUGCUUCCAACCAUACCAAUCCCCAGUCUACCUCGUCUACGACGCUGUCGACCAGUCCAUCACCAUGAUCCCCUCCCAUCCUUGGUUACUGCCCCAGCACCACCUGCAGCCUGGGGAGAAGCACGACACAGUCGAUGCGACACGCGUUCUCAUCGCGCGCCCCCCAGCCCCAGCCGGCGACGACCGCAGCUAUGCUCUGGUAAAUAUGGCGGAGACGAGCAUCUACACCGGCUACAACUACGAGCCCGACGAGAAGCAGGACGUUCUCUACGUGUGGCGCUCCUCCUCCCUAUCCCCGCAGUGGGAUCUGAUAAGAGCCAAAUUCCCCUCCAAGUUCAAGGGAGACGAUGUCGCCCACAGAUACGUCAACGUCCUGGCCUUCACCUGCGGCGGCCACGCUUUCUGGGCCAAUCUCCCGCACGGCCUUAUGUACUGCAGGGUCGACGCCCUGCUCUCUCCCUCGACCACUGGUGAGCUCAAGUUUGGUUUCAUCCAACUACCAGUCGACCACCCGCCCUGCCCCAUCCAAUCUGCAGUGGAGCUAGAAUCCGAAAUGUAUCAGACAGUUGGCCGAUCCGGAGACUCGUCCAUCAAGUUCGUCACCAUUGAUGGCUUCGUCCAGCUCCUCAACUUCCGUAGCUGCAUCUUGAAGGUCUGGACCCUCUCACCAGACAAGGGCAUGACAGGAUGGACCAAGCGCUUCCUCUGCCUGGACAGCCUCGCUGAUCAAGAUGAGUUCAAGAAGAAUGGCCUGCCCACCGACAUGGUGCCCAUGUACCCCAACUUGAGCGCCGAGGAAGAUGAUGUUGUCUACUUCAUGCUGGGAAAGUAUACAAAGUGCUGCCAGGCGCACAAGCGCUCUAAGAUCAGGUGCAAAGGCUAUAUCCCUGCCGCCAAAAAUCCCCUGUACCACCUCCGCGUUGACAUGCGCCGUGGUGUUCUCCUGGCCUCUGCGCGCCUCCCUGAAUCAACUUCGCCUUGUUUGAGCAUAGCCAGUACCUCCGUGGUGCCUUCAUCAAUGAUUCAGAGAGGAUCAAUGGGUAGAAAGGGCAAGCGCCACUGUGGUGAUGGCAAUCGUAAACGAGGCAAACGAGCUUUCAGCCAGUGAAGUUCAAUGGUAGUAGGUACCAUGAAGGAAGAUUGCCCUGCUAUAUGUAAGAACAUAUUUAAUUUACAUUAUGGACCUUACCUUGUUUAUUUUGCUAUUUAAUGUCACUUGGACAUUGCUUGUUAGUUUGAAUGUGUGGUUUGCUGGUAGACAUGAUAUGCAAUCCUGUUGUCUGAGGUUGAAACUUUAA